AUGGCAGUGCUGCCGGAAGCUGGUUCGCACUGUCGUAUGCUCAGCUGGGCAACGUUUGCGCUGCCAGACACGGAGCAGUCGUGGCUAGCGAUUGUGGUCGUAAAGUCGAAUGGUCUACUUGGAAGAGUAAUAGUAAUAAUCAGCGGGGCGAAGUUCCGCCCAUUUGACAUUCAACCCCCACGAGAGCGCACAGACAAACCUACUGGCGAGGAGGAGCCAAGACAGGGUCCCGGGCAUCUCCGCCCCGGGAAGGUGGGUAAUGCCCUCGUAGCUCUGGGCUCCAGGGCACGCCCUCGCAGCUUCCCCGGCGGGGCCCGGCGCCUCCCGGCCGAGGUGCGCCAGGUGGCGAGGGUGCCAGGCGCGGCGAAGUCGCGGCGGACUGAGUCAGUCGCCCAACUAUGCUGCGGAACCAGGACGGCCGGCUGGGCCGCCCCCGCCGUUGAGCUCCGGCUGCCCCCUCGUGGGUCGCCGGCUCCCCGCCCCCGCGGGCUGAGAGGAAGCUGCGGCCCGGGCGAGGCGCGCGAGCACCUGAGCGAGGCGCGGGCGCCGGCUCGGCGUUUCCGGAGCUGCGCGCGGGUCCGCGGCCCGCGCUCCUCACCUCCAGGUGCGGCGGCCGCGGAGCGCCGGCCCCACUCACAGCGCCGCCCGCAGCAGAGGCGGCCGCGGGCAGCCGGCGGGGACCGGGAAGGAGGAGGCCCGGCGCCUCGGGGAGAGAGGGGCGAGGACCGAGCGCCCAGGGCUGGGAGAGACGCCGGCGCGGGGCUUUCCAGCCCCGCCUCACCUCGCUUUUCGAACUCUGCGGCCGGCGCGUAGGCGAGGGCCCGGGGUCUCGGGAGGGCUGGACCAGGGUGGGAGGACCCUGUCUGUCGGGACUGGGGCUUUUCGCCACUUCACAGGGUAGAUUUUCAGAGCGCAAAGUGUUCCGCUCUGGUGUCCGCCCCUUGGAUUUCGCUCCCGCGUGUGGGCGUCUGAAAGGGAACCAGAAGCCGGCUUAAUCACGUAAAGCAGUCACUGUGAAGAAAAUAACAUUUUAAGAAAUUUUUCUGUCACCAUUGUCAAAGGAAAAGGCA